CCACUGUAAGCAUAACUGAGGGAAAUUAAUUAAUGUUCUGCAACAGAAAUGGAGUCCUUUACAACUGGUAUAGGAAGCAAAUCGAAGCCAUGCACAAAGUUUUUCAGCACUUCUGGGUGCCCUUUUGGUGAGGGAUGUCACUUCUUGCAUUAUGUUCCAGGCGGCAUCAAAGCGGUGUCUCAGAUGACUGGUAGCAACCCAACUCUUCCUCCUCCUCCUAGAAACUCAGCAGCCCCUCCAUCAUUUCCAGAUGGUUCUUCUCCUCCAUCUGUCAAGACCCGGUUGUGUAAUAAGUACAACACAGUUGAAGGUUGCAAGUUUGGGGAUAAAUGCCACUUUGCGCAUGGUGAGUGGGAGCUUGGGAGGCCCACUGCUCAAUCCUAUGAAGAUCCUCGUGGUGGGGGAGGAUAUCCAGGCAGGAUGGGAGGAGGUCGGAUGGAGCCUCCCCCGCAAACUCAUGGAGCUGCAGCGAGAUUUGGAGCCACUGCCACAGCUAAGAUCAGCGUUGAUGCUUCACUUGCUGGAGCCAUAAUUGGGAAAAAUGGUGUGAACUCAAAGCAAAUAUGUCGUGUGACUGGGGCAAAGCUUUCUAUAAGGGAGCAUGAGUCAGAUCCCAAGCUGAGAAACAUUGAGCUUGAGGGUACCUUUGAUCAAAUUAAAGAUGCCAGUGCCAUGGUUCGUGAGCUUAUUGUGAACGUGAGCUCAGCUGCGGGACCUCACAUGAGGAACAAUCCUGGUAUGGCAGCCUCAGCUCCAGCAAGCAACUUCAAGACUAAGCUUUGUGAGAACUUUACUAAAGGCACAUGCACGUUUGGGGAUAGGUGCCACUUUGCACAUGGACCUGAAGAAUUGCGCCGGCAGGGGAUGUGAUUUCUUUCAAUACCUCUCUCUCUCUCUCUCUCUCUCUCUCUCUCUCUCUCAUGUCCUCUUACCAUUCUCUCGUAGGAUACGCAUAUUACAGCAUUAAUUUUUGUGUUCGUUGAAUUUUCCAAGAGUGCAGUUUCCUUAGUUUUCUAGGGUUUUAAUAUUUGGAAAUUUUUAGUAGCUUGCCAUAUUUGAUCUCUACCUUGCCACUUUUGUCUUUUGGGAUCACUCUGAGGUUUCUUUGUUGAACUAAUCUAGCGAUUAAGCAUAAGUUGCCAGUAGCAUGUGAAGUGGCAAAUGCUAUUCUUGGUUGC